CAACUUUUAUUUUGAUUCAACAUUAUCGAAUUGGAUUUAAGGAGAACAAAUUGGGAAAAAAUUACUUUCCUCUAUUGUGGAUUUAUAUCAUUUCAAAUGUAAUUAACAUAUAUAUGAUUAAUAAAUUUUGUGGAAUAAUCAACUGUACAAAUUAACCUACACUACUAUAAAAUACUAUACUAUUACUAUACUAUACUAUACCACAGAAACAAUUUGUUUGUUAAAGAUUAUUUCAAGAAAUAAUAAAUUCAAUCAAGAAAAAGUCGAUGAAUACGUUGCCAGCAAAUAGAACAUUGAACACAUUCAAUGGUAAUAAUGCUAGACGUUCAAGUAUCUCAGCAAUACGUUAUGCUCGAUCGACAUCAUUGUAUUUUCCUAAUACAGAUACAGAUGAAGAAAGUCGUAGUCAAUUACUUACAAGUGAAUGUAUUGGAGAAACACGUAGAGCUGAAACAAUGAAUCGAUUAAAUCGUAUCGAUGUUAAAAGUGAAGGAUCUAGGAAUUUAACAAAUCCAUUAUUUGAUAGUAUGAGCAGUAUAGACCAACCAUGGUUACGUGGUUAUGGUCAAACUGUUGUGUUAUCUCCACCAAAAAUUAAUUUACCUAUUCAACAACAAAAUUCACACCAAUCACAACAACCAUCCUCCAUGGAACACGAUACCGCUAGUGCCAUUCAAGAUAUGCAACAUUCAAUACGCUUACCUACGCCUAGAAGUCCUAAUAUAAUGCAUGGAGGUUAUGGUGCCCUGCCACCUUUACAUUAUGGUACAUCGAUAAGAGAUGGUUACGCAAGCAGUAGUGGAGGUGUUGGAAUUGGGGCAGGAGGAAUUGGCAGUGGAAUUGGGAGUGGUAGGAAAAAAACCAAAAAGAAGUUAUCUUGUUUAUCUUGUCUACAUGGAACUAAUAAACUUGAAUCGUCAACAAAUUUCUAUUCAUCAUCUGAUGACUUAAACUUAAUAGAUGACCUAAAUAAAUCAGAUGGACAUGAAGUGAAUAAACAAGAACAACAACAAAAUCCAUAUAUUAUCUGUUUGUCGAUUGUCUUCGCUUUGAUGGACAUUCUUUUAUUGAUCGGGUUAACUUUACUGAUAUUCUUUUUCAACUGUUCUGCUGAUGGAUGGUUGUACACAGACCCUAGAAUUCGAUCGAUUUGUGUUACUUUAUGGGCUGAUUGGAUACCUUUGUAUCAAAGAAAGUUUCAAUGUCCUGAUAUACCACCCGGUUAUGCAGAUAAUAUUAUUAGUAGUAGCGGUGUUAGUAAUCUCGGUAAUAUUGGUGAGUCAAAUCUUAAUCUGAAACCUCUAUUGGAACGUAUGAAUAUGCUUAGUAAACAACAACAAACUGCUGUAUCAUCAUCGUCCUACCCUACAUUAACCACACCUAAUCCAUUAUCUCAACUAUCACAAUAUCAAUCAAAAUGGAAUAUUUAUGAUGUAAAAAGAAUUAAUCCAGAAUUUUGGGAUGGUGAUCUAGGAUUAAUGAUUCCACCGAAAUUAAUUAUUCCUUCUAUGGAACAACAAUUAUAUGGACCGAGAGAUACUGUUAAACAAUUAUAUGGUCGUAAUUAUCCAACUGAUAAACAAUUUAUACAAGGAAUUAAAAAUGAUCAUCAAUGGUUACAAUUUCCACAAUCACAAACUGAUCUUUAUCAUCAUAUGACAAUUAGUUCAAUUGUUACCUGUUCAAUAAUUAUACCGUUAAUACUAAUUUGUUUCUCAGAAAUCACUUUCUAUUUCUUCAACUGUUGUCAAACGUGCCUAACAAAAACUAAUUCAAAACUGUGGGGUACUAUGAAAUUUAUUGGUCAAAUUUAUCGUCUAUUCAUUACUUACAUUUUUGGCCUUCUUACAACAAUGCUUUUAGUCUGGUUAAUUAAAGUUUCUGUUGGACGUCUUCGACCAGAUUUCAUUCAAAUAUGUCGUCCAUCUGAAAAUGUUUGUCCUAAAUGGUAUAGAAUAAUACAAAAAACACGUCAAUCUACAGAUGAACGCAGUGCAAUUGAAUCAGAUCCACAACUAUUAGAUUUAAUUGUUGCACAAUUAGCUAAGCAAGGUAAAUAUUUAGUUACAGUAGCUACAACACCUUCUCCGGAAUCAUCAACUGGUCACUUAUCAGAUGGAUUAUUUACAAAUGCAGAUUGUAUGGAGAAUAAUAUUUUAAAACUUAAAGAGGCUAGAACGUCAUUUCCUUCACUGGGAGCAGCUGUUUCGAUGUAUGCAGCAAUUUUUGUGACAGUCUAUAUUACAGCAUUAAUGAAAAAUUUUCGAGAUGCCUGUCUUUGCAUUCCAUUCUUAUCAUUGCUUGGUGUUAGUCUAAUUGCUCUAAUCCUUGGUGUCAAUAGAGCGAUUUACAGAAAUAACUGGUUUGAAGAUAUUUUAGCCGGUUGGAUUAUCGGUAUUUGUAUAGCCGUAUACGUUUGUUUUAAAGUUUUAUACAAUCGUGACAAAUUGAAUGAUUUAACUAAUUAUGAUUUAAAUCGUCGUUUGCAUAGAAUUCAAACUUUAAUUCAAACUCAUCAUGAUUAUAAACAAUCUGAGUUAAAAAUGAUGAAAUAUUUGUGAUAUUCAUACAGUGUAUAAACAUAAAUUAUGAAAAUCUAAUCAAAUCAAUUCAUCACUGUUGAUUGAUCUUCUUUAGAAAAGUAUUCGUAAUCAUAGAUCAUUUCCCAUUCUUUUCCCUUACUAUAAUCAUGUAACAUCAUUCUAUUUUGAUGCCAAAUUGAUAUAUUAAAUUAAAAUCUAACUUAACUCAUAACAUAACGAAUAUCAAAAUUAAUAAAUAAUGUCGUACACAUACACAUGCACACACAUACGCACACAUACAUACACACAUACAUACAUACACCAGGUUCAAACGCGCAUUUGUCAAUUUUUCUCCGUUUUUUUCUUUAAUGUUUCGUUUUGUUUUUCUACUUCUCUUUUUUUAAAACUUUAUCUCUAGGCAAGUAUCAUUAGUGAUAACAACGAAAUAACUUUCAAAAGAAAAAAAUUCUAAUAAUAAAUAAAAAUAUUGAAAAGUUGAAUUAUAUCACACUUUUUAAAUGAGCCAAGUAACAAUAAUCAAUAAUUUAUUAUUACAUAGUUUCUAAGCCAACUUUUAGGUUUUAUUAAUAACCAGUUUUUUGUUGUUUUUUUUAUAAAAAAAGUAUGUUCCUGUUGAGUUUUCCUUUCUUUGUUUCUUUUCCUUCUUUUUUUUUGUUGUUGUUGAAGAAAAAGCAGUACAUAUUGCUAUGGUUUUAUUAUUAUUUUUUCUUUAAAUUAAUGAUGAUUCAGUUGUUUGGAAUCUUAUCUAGGAAUUAUUUAUAUUGUUGAUAAUCAUUUGAAUGACUACUUUUACAUUAUGUUUAAUGAUGAUAUGGGUAAAUUGUGAUUUUCAAUUAUAAUAAUAAAACAAAAUAAACAUUUAUUAUGAAAAUAUG